AUGCUAGAUAUUAUGGGGUCUGUAUUUGACCAUGUAGAAUUCGUUGAUGUACUUGAUAGCAAAGACGAAACGAACUUGGCAUUACUUUCGAGACCAGACUUAGGGGUAACCUUCACAAAGCUUCAUUGUUGGAGAUUAACUCAGUAUGCAAAAGCUGUUUUCAUGGAUGCUGACACUGUGGUGUUAAAAAAUAUUGAUGAUUUAUUUGAGCGGGAAGAACUCAGUGCUGCUCCGGAUCCAGGUUGGCCAGACUGUUUCAAUUCCGGAGUUUUUGUUUUCAAACCGUCUUUGGAAACAUACAAGAAGAUACUAAGUCUUGCUGUUAGCCAUGGAAGCUUUGAUGGGGGCGAUCAAGGUCUGCUGAAUAUCUUCUUCUCCGAUUGGGCAACUAAAGAUAUUCGUCUUCAUUUACCGUUCAUUUACAAUGUCAUCAGCCAAGCAUUUUACUCCUAUCCACCUGCCUUCAUUCAUUUUCGUAAUAAAAUUCGUGUUGUUCAUUUUAUUGGGUCAGAGAAACCUUGGCACUGUGAACUGGACAAAUUUGGACAAGUCAUUGUUCGUGAUCCCACAAGUUUUGGAACUCCUGAAUUUUUGCAGCACUGGUGGAAUUUAUUUAUGACCCACGUUCAUCCAAAACUAACCCCUGGUGAGAGCGAUUUUGUGGGUAAAUUGGCUCAGAUUGAGAUAAGUCAAUCUUCCUCAAGCUUGACUCAAGCCAGUGAUGAAUCUGAAAGACAAUUGGCUUGGGAACGUGGGCAAAUGGAUUAUAUGGGUUCUGAUUCAUUUGAAAAAAUACAAAAUCUUCUGGAAUCAAAAAUCAAAAAAUAG